GACCAGACCAGAGCGGAACCUGAUGGUCUUGCUUUAGUCCCAAGUGUGAAGACAAAUACUUUAUUGUCACCAAACAAUUGAUACUAGAGCGGACAGUCAUCACAGUGAUACUUGUUUCCCGCUCCCUGAAGUACAAAUCGAAGUUCGGAGAGUGGCAGCAGAGACAUUUUCCUGAAUGGCUUCUCCUGUGAUGGUUCUGCGUCUCCCUCGGGCUCCUGACGGACAGAGCAGGGGUUUUGACCCAACAUCAGCCCGCUAUCACGCCUUAGCGCCUUCCUCCAUUCAAGCUUCAAACAAUUGUUCUAGUCUCUGCCUUCAGGAGGAGCAGAGAUCACGUUCUUUGCUCCGGGAACGCUUUCUACAAAGUCUGAUUACAAUGACGGGGAAGCCAGUGACCUUUACAAUGUACGAGCGGGUCAGUGUCACUGCAACAUUCACUGCCUCAGACAUUGACAUCCUGAACUUCCAAGUUUCUGACCUGCAGACACCAUUAGGUGUUCAGAAGGAAGCAUUACUGCGCUGUACUGACAUCAUAGCUUGUACAUUUAACCUUUAACACACUUAGAAUGUCUCUAUACCCUGUCCACUGGGUAAGGUUUGAGUUAUGACACUGGGGGUGAGAUCAUACACUGCUCUCUAUGCUGAGGAUUUCUACUUCAAAAAGAUACAUUUGUUCUCCAGAGGGGAAUUGCAGGUUGUCUGAGGUGAGAGGUAUAAAGUGCACAUUUAUUACUAACAUAUCUUAAUUUUGUUUGUUCAGCAAAAUUCAGAAUAAAAAUUUAAGUUUAUAGGAGCAUGAUUCUAAAGUGCUCCAUUUUUUUCCUGA